AUGCCGUCUGUGAACGCCAUCAGUGAUAUACCCGAAGCACAUUCGGCCAAAUAUAAGGACUCAUUCGCUUACAUCACAAUAGCCGAUAGACUGCCUAUAAUAGUGACCAAAGCCAUCGACAGUAGUUGUCGUAGUGUCAAGAGUUUGGUGUCUUUUGGAAUGGUAUCGGAAGACAACCGAAUAGCCGCCGAACAAGAAAUGAAAGACACGAUCGGAGAGUUGGCUAAACUCCGUAACGAAUUACAAACUGACAAACCUUUUAUUGAAUUGGAGACCAAAGCUGUCAACUCUGACGUAUGGAACCAAUGCUUAAGCGAUUAUAAGACUGAGUUCGGGUGCGAACCGAAAUGGUUUAGCGCUSAGUGGCUCUACGCUGAGUGUUAUCUUUACCGACGAAUUCGUCAGGCCUUUGAAUUGACUMAAUUUAUUCAAACSUUUGAUCCGUUUGCCGAAAGCAAAGAAGAAGCACUUAAGUCGUCUAUCGGAGCGGUAGAAGUGUUGGCCGAUCUGAUAGAGUCGAUGGUCAUCGAUGGCGAUGARAGCAUAAAAAGUAAAUUUAUACARUUUUCCGAACUAUCUCUUUGGGGCAACAAAUGUGAUCUUUCAUUAUCUGCCGGCAAACAAGUGAUCAAUAGUUCAAAUCCUAUCGAAGAUUUGGCUAAAUUCAGAGAUUUUAUUAUUGAUAAYCAAUUGGAAAAUUUAUGGACACACGUGAAGACCUGUUCUGCCAGCGAUUCGUUUCAAUUAAGUYUAGUUUUAGAUAAUUCCGGUUACGAAUUGUUUACCGAUCUGUGUUUCAUCGAAUUCUUAGACUUGAGUCACUUAUUGGGUGACAAAAGUGUUGUCAAAUUUUACGUGAAAUCUAUGCCAUGGUUUGUGUCGGAUGUGAUGACCAAAGACUUUCAUUGGCUGUUGAAUUAUUUAGCCGUUGAUUGUAACAGUCGUUCGCCAAAUGURAAGAAGUUGGCCAACAAAUGGUUGAAAAACUUGGAAUCGGGAAAAUGGGUUAUUGUUGACCAUCCGUUCUGGACAUUUGCACAAGAYUUCAGUCAUAUGAGAACAAUGGCCAGUGAUCUGUAUCAGAGUCUCAGUGAAUCCCAGUUAAUACUUAAAGGUGACCUCAACUAUAGGAAACUAACCGGUGAUCUUCUAUGGGAUCUAAUGGUGCCAUUUGAGAGAKCAUUGAGAGGUUUUCUACCGACAACUUUGUGUACGUUUAGGACAAUCAAAGCCGAUGUUGUGGUCGGUAUUGAAAAUAAAGAGAUGUUAGAUAUGAUUAAGACAUUUGAUKCAAACUGGAGGGSAACCGGUGAUUAUGCUGUCAUACAAUUGGCAUAUAAAACAUAA